UUCAAAGUUGCACUGUUGUGCCAUGUCCAACGACAAGAAGGCGAACAAGCAAGGCGGGUUCCAGUCGCUGGGCUUGAGCCCUCCGAUCUUCAAGGCCGUCAUGGCCAUGGGGUACAAGGUCCCGACGCCCAUUCAGCGCAAGUCGCUGCCGCAUGUGCUCUCGGGCAAGGACGUCGUGGCCAUGGCCCGUACCGGGUCGGGGAAGACCGCUGCGUUUCUCAUUCCCAUGUUGGAAAAGCUCAAGGAACACAGCAAGAAGGUCGGCGUGCGCGCGCUGGUCUUGUCGCCGACGCGUGAAUUGGCUGUCCAAACGAUCAAGUUCGCCAAGUCGCUGGCCAAGUACACGGACAUCAAGUGCGGCCUCAUCGUGGGUGGGGACUCAAUGGAGCAGCAGUUCGAGCUUAUCGCGUCCAACCCGGACGUGAUCGUGGCGACUCCCGGUCGUCUCAUGCAUCUGCUGCAAGAAAUCCCCGAAUUCAACCUCCAGGCCAUCGAGUAUGUGUGUUUCGACGAAGCCGAUCGCAUCUUCGAGAUGGGAUUUGCCGAGCAGCUGCACGAGAUUCUCACCAACAUGCCCGCAUCUCGGCAGACGCUGUUGUUUUCCGCCACGUUGCCGCGCGCCCUCGUGCAGUUUGCGCGCGCCGGGUUGACCGAGCCCGAACUCAUCCGUCUCGACGUCGAAAACCAAAUCUCCGACCAGCUCAAAGUGAGCUUCUUCACCAUGCGCACCGAAGACAAGAACGCGGCGCUGGUGUACCUCCUUCGCGACAUGAUUCCGUCGACCGACCAGACGAUCGUGUUUGCCGCCACGCGCCAUCACGUCGAGUUUCUGCACGAGUUGCUCAAGACGGUGCAUCUGGACUCGUCCUGUGUGUACGGGGACAUGGACCAGACCAGUCGAAAGAUCAACAUUGGCAUGUUCCGCGCCAAGAAGACGCCGAUUCUGAUCGUGACAGACGUGGCCGCCCGCGGGAUCGACAUCCCGUUGCUCAACAACGUCAUCAACUACGCGUUCCCGGCCACGCCCAAGCUGUUUGUGCAUCGCGUGGGGCGCGCCGCCCGCGCCGGACGGUCUGGCGUCGCCUUCAACUUUGUCGAUCCGGACGAGAUGCCGUUCAUGGUGGACCUGCACUUGUAUCUGGGCCGGCGGCUGGAGGACUCGACGCCCACCGACGUCCCGGGGUACUCGCUCACGUCGAUGACGGUGGACCAGGUGCACUAUGGCACGUUGCCCCAGAACAUUCUGGACACGGAGAACGAAGGGCUGAGGGAAACCCUGAGCCGCCACUCGACCAUCUCCCCGCUCGUGCACGUGUGCGCCAACGCGUACAAGAUGUACUGCCGGUCCCGCGCCGAGCCAUCCAAGCAGUCGAUCAAGCGAUCCAAGGAGCUGCCGAUGAAGAAGGUGCAUCCGCUGUUUCUGGACGCGAUGGACGACACCCAAGUGAACAAGGAAGCGUACUUGGACAAGUUGAAGGGGUUUCGCCCUCCCGCGACCAUCUUUGAGAUUGCCGUGGGCACGCACUCGCUGAAAAAGACGUCCCCGGGGGUGAUUAUGAUGAAAACCAAGCGAAGACUGCACAACCUGAUCAUUGACAAGAACCAAAAGACCAAGGCGGCGGCGGCGACGGCGGCCCGCGUCGAGCCGGAAGACGUGGCCGAAGAGCUGGACGAGGGCCAAGUGACCGAGUUCCGCGCCAAGUUGAAAGAGCAAGAGACGCUGUUGCAGGCGGAAGACCAAGCCAUCGAGGCCGCCGUGGCGGGGCAGAAGCGGUACCUGUCGGCGGCAGACCGUCGCAAGGUCAAGAAGCUCAAGACGCAGGGUGAAACGGUCGACAUUGACGAGCUGUGGAAGGAGAAGGAAGCGGCCAAGGCCAUGACGGCGGCAGCGGCUGUCUCCAACGCAGAAGUCGACGAAGACAACCACAAGCAGUUCAAGGACGACGACAACUACAUUGCGUACAUGAAGGAACAGGAUCUGGCGACGGAAGAGGCGCUCGGCCGCGGUGGCGAAGGCGGCCGAAGCAACGCGUUUGCGCAGGCGCGGCUGGAAGACGCCAUGCUGGACGUCAACCCCGACGAAGCGGUAGCGCUCAACAACAAGCGGCGGCUGCUGCAUUGGGACGUGCGCAAGAAGAAGUUUAUCAAGACGACUGUGGGAGACCUCAAAAACGGCACGCUCAAGCGCCAGAACAACGCCGGAGGACCCCCCCGCAAGCAAAAGAUUGGCGAAACGUACAAGAAAUGGCAGCAAAAGCAGCACAAACGCGCCAACGUCGUGGGGGCGGACGAAGGGGAAGACAGCGCCCCCAAGGGCGACUACCGCAACGGGCGCAAACCGCCGCCGACCCAGCGCGUCAACAAAUUCGCCAAGAGCGAGCUGCGGGAAGAAGGCGCGAUCCGCAAGGAAGAGAAGCGGAAGGCGAGGUCCAGCGGUGACAAGUCCAAGUUUGCAAAGAAGAAGCCGCAGACGUCCCGCGGCAAGGGCAACGUCAAGGGCAAGACCCACGGAGCCCCCACAAAGAGCAAAAUGUUCAUUCGGCGUUAAUAAUAAUAGAAUUUUGUGUACUA